AUGGAUUUCUCUAGCUUCAAUGCCGCUGAACAGGCUCAGAUGACCAAAAUCAUCGAGAAAAAGCAGAUGCAAGACUUUCUCAGAAUGUACUCCAAUCUGGUCGAGAAGUGCUUCAAUUCUUGCUGUAACGACUUUACGAGCAAGGCGCUCUCAUCAAAAGAGGAACAAUGUGUGAUGAACUGCACUGAAAAAUUCAUCAAGCACUCAGAGCGGGUGGGAUCUCGGUUCGCGGAAUUGAAUGCCGAGGCUUUGAACCCCCCAAAGUAG